UGAAAAGAAAAAAAAACGCACUAAAUUGUUUCUGUGCCACCCGUCUCACAUUCGUUGUACUCGCUCCGAUAAUUGGUUCAAAGAUCAUCCAAUAAAGUAAAACUAUGAUAUGCUGGACUUUUCUUUCACAUUUAUGUUUAGUGUAACUUGAUGAAUACGUUGUUUGAUUUUUACUAAUUUAUGUUUUUAUUUUAUUUUUUUUCAAUCUAUUUGAAUAUCUAUAUAUAUUCUCCAAAAACACCAAUAUAAUAUAUUGUAGUUCUGAGAAUCUCCUUUAAUUCUCAGAAAAAAUUAGAGAGGGAAUUUAAAAAUGGCGAUUGAGUUGAUGGUAUUGGUAUUAGUAUUAGUGUGGUUAACAGGAGGAGCAGCAGCAUCAUCAUCGUCCGCAUUAUCUCUAGCAAAGCAUGGUUGUAAUGACACAUGUGGAAACAGCGUGACCAUUCCUUACCCAUUUGGGGUCGGAGUGGGUUGCUAUGCCAACAAGAACUUCUCAAUAACUUGCAACUACUCUUUCAAUCCACCCAAACCUUACCUCACUCGCUACAACCUUGAGGUGCUCGAAAUUUCAUUACGGCGGAGCACCAUUAACGUCCUUUAUCCAGUGCUUGCUUCUGAUUGUCAAAAUUGGACUAAUGUUCAUGGACUUGUGAAUUUGUCCAGUCCUUUUUGGUUCUCUCGAGCGUAUAAUUAUUUCACGGGGACAGGUUGUGACAACCAGGCCUUAAUGAGCAGCCACGAAGGAACAAUUUUAGGUGGAUGCAUAUCAAGCUGCAGCAGCAACGUCAAUUCAUAUUAUCGAGGAAUCUGUCAGGUCACACCCCCUCCAUCACUCAGCUUCAUCAAUGCAUCUCUGAGCAGCAUUAAAGAUUCCAAGAGUAAUAUUGGUCUUGAAAAAGAAUGCAAUUAUGCCUUCAUCGCGGACGACCAAUGGGACUACUAUAACUCCACAGAUAAAUAUGCCAUGCUAGUAACGGGGCGUGUUCCUGCUGUGCUGGAUUGGGACAUACAAGGGCUGUGCGAGUCUAAUGAAAAUAGCAUGCGCGGCUCAUCAUGCACAGCAACACAUUCACGCUGCACAACAUUCAGAUCAUAUCUUUACAACUCUAGUUAUUCUAUUUACUCAUGCUAUUGUACUUUUGGCAAUGAAGGAAACCCGUAUCUGUCAUAUGGAUGUCAAGGUUCUCCCAGGGACAACAAGAAAACUCGAAUAAUUAUAUUAGGUAUUAGUACAGGUGUAAUUGGAAUACUACUUCUACUUGGUGCUUCAUGGUGGUUGUAUAAAUUUGUGAAGAGGAGAAAGGAACUCAUGCUUAAAGAUAAAUUCUUUAAACGAAAUGGCGGUCUAUUAUUGCAACAACAAUUAUCUUCGGGUGAUGAAGGUAAUGUUGAGAAAAGCAAGUUGUUUACUUUAAAGGAAUUGGAAAAGGCCACUGACCAUUUUAAUGAGAAUCGAAUCCUUGGUCAAGGAGGGCAAGGUACUAUAUACAAAGGAAUGCUGACUGAUGGUAGAAUUAUAGCAGUUAAAAAGUCCAAGAUAGUGGAUGAAGACAACCUUCAACAAUUUAUUAAUGAGGUUGUUAUUUUAUCACAAAUUAACCAUAGGAAUGUGGUUAAGUUGCAUGGGUGUUGUUUGGAGGCAGAAGUUCCCUUGUUGAUUUAUGAACACAUCCCCAAUGGAACCCUUUACCAGUAUAUCCAUGAGCAAAAUGAAGAGUUUCCACUUACUUGGGAUAUUCGUGUUCGGAUUGCUACAGAAGUUUCAGGAGCUCUUGCCUAUCUGCAUUCAGCAGCUUCUAUGCCCAUUUAUCAUCGAGACAUCAAAUCUACAAACAUUUUGCUGGACGAAAAAUUCAAAGCAAAAGUGUCGGAUUUUGGAACUUCAAAAACAGUUGCCAUUGAUCAAACUCAUAUGACCACACUAGUACAAGGGACCUUUGGAUACUUGGACCCAGAAUACUUCCAAUCAAGCCAGUUUACAGAAAAAAGUGACGUUUAUAGCUUUGGAGUAGUUCUUGCUGAACUUUUAACCGGACAAAAACCAAUCUCAUUAACCAGAUCAGACGAACGGCGAAGUUUGGCAACAUAUUUCAUAUUGGCAAUGAAGGAAAACCAUUUACUUGACAUUCUUGAUGCUCGAGUUUCCAAAGAGGGUGUGAAAGAAGAGAUCAUGAGGGUUGCUAAUCUUGCAAGAAAAUGCUUGAACUUAAGUGGGAGAAAAAGGCCUACAAUGAAAGAAGUUGUAAUUGAAUUAGUAGGGAUUAGAAUGUCGCAAGGGAUAUCUAUUAUUCAACAAAAUUAUGAAAAUGAUGAAUAUACAGUAAUUGAACUCACAACACCUCGGGAUGUCGCUUCAACUUCGACAGGAUCGCAUUUGGAUAGUAAUGUAACAUCGUCACUAGAUGUCCAACCUUUGUUAUUUAGGUAAUUAUGAUUGUUACAAAUGUUUGUUUACCUUUUUUCUUCAUAUUUUACACCAGUCUUGUUUGAAUAAGUACCCUUAUAUUUCCUACUAUGUUUUUUUUUUUUUUGAAAUCGUGAUAUGUUUGCAUGUAGCAAAAUUUUAAUUUUAUAUAUCAUACUUUGGUUGGUUUCGUUGCCAAAUCUACAGGUUGAAGGCUAACAUCAUGAAGCCAUCUUUGUAAUUAGAACUUAUGCUUCAUUUGGAUUGAUAGGUUUGGAAAAUAGAAAGGAUUAGAUACUUUUGUGUUUGUGUUGUCCUUGGGGAGAGAAAAAAAAGGAUUUGGAUAGUUUUCGAGGGAUAUCUUAUCCCUCCAAAUCCCUCACUUCCUAUCCUCCCAAAAUGAGAAGAUUUAGAGAAAUGUGAUAGUGGGUUA